AUGACUGAAACCGCGAAGACCAAGCCCCGCGUCAGUCUUGGGCUCCUGACAUUCGGCCCUGAAGGCUCAGAGACCUACGGAAGCCGCAUUACCUCCCUCGACACCUUCAACCAAUGCCUCGACUACUUGCAGUCGCGCGGCUACAAUGAAGUGGACACAGCCAGAACCUACGUCGGCGGUCAGCAAGAAGGCUGGACCAAGCGUACCAACUGGCGAGAGCGCAACCUUACUCUUGCUACAAAGUGGUAUCCUUACAAACCUGGCGAUCACUCCAAGGCCAUUGUCAAGCAGAAUUUGAAUAAGAGUCUUAGCGAGCUUGGUUCCGAUAGCGUGGAUAUCUUCUAUCUGCACGCACCAGAUCGAUCCGUCCCGUUUCAGGAGACGCUUGAGGCCUGUAAUGAACUUUAUAGAGAGGGGAAGUUCAAAAGGCUUGGCUUGAGCAAUUAUGCGGCGUGGGAAGUUGCUGAGCUUUGCACCAUUGCGGACCAGAAAGGAUGGGUCAGACCAAGCGUUUAUCAGGCUAUGUACAAUUGCUUGACUCGCGCCAUUGAAGAAGAACUUGUUCCAUGCUGCCGCAAAUUCGGGAUGGAUAUUCUUGUCUAUAAUCCCUUGGCUGGUGGUGUACUUUCAGGUCGCUACAAAAGCAAAGAGAUCCCCGCUGACGGCGGACGAUAUUCUACCCAGGACCCGGUGAUUGGGGCGAUGUAUCGGGACAGAUACUUCAAGGAUGUCAACUUUGAGGCUUUGAAGGUGAUUCAACCUGUUGCUGACAAAUUGGGGUUGACGCUCUUGGAGAUUGCAUUCAGAUGGCUUGUUCACCAUAGCAAGCUCAAGGUCAUGGAUGGCAACGAUGGGUUGGUUAUCGGUAUCAGCUCGCUCAGCCAGCUUGAGAGUAAUCUGGAUAAUGUUGAGAAGGGUCCGUUGCCAGAAGAGGUGCUGGAGGUAUUGGAUGAGGCAUGGAAGAUCACCCAGCCUUCCUGCUCUCUUUACUGGAGAUAG